UUAAGGUAUAAAAGAGUCUGAUGGUUUUACUGCAAACUGUGGAGAUACAGAGAUGAUGAAGUUUGUGGUUCUCGCUUUCUUUGUUGCUGGUGCCUACGGGUGCGGUGCGCCCACCUUCCCUCCUAUGGUGAGCAAGGUGGUUGGAGGACAGGAUGUCACGCCUCACAGCUGGCCCUGGCAGAUAUCCCUGCAGUACAACAGACAGGGUGAGUGGAGACACACCUGCGGAGGCACUCUGAUCUCUGACCAGUGGGUCCUCACUGCUGCUCACUGUAUCAGCAGCAGCAAGCAGUACAGAGUGGCCAUGGGAAAGCACGACCUGCUGCAGACGGAGCAGGGCGCCGUGUUCAUGGCCACCUCUAACAUUAUUGUGCAUGAGAAGUGGAACCCCUUCUUCAUCCGUAAUGACAUUGCCCUGAUCAAGCUGGAGUCCCCCGUCACCUUCAGUGACACCAUCAUGGCUUCUUGUAUUCCCGCUGCCGGCUUCAUCCUGGCCCAUAACCAGUCCUGCUACGUCACUGGAUGGGGUCGCAUGAAGACCGGUGGUCCCAUUGCUGACAUCCUGCAGCAGGCUCUCCUGCCCGUGGUGGACCACGCUACCUGCAGCCGGUUAGACUGGUGGGGUUCUCAGGUGAAGGACACCAUGGUCUGUGCAGGUGGAGAUGGAGUUGUGUCUGGUUGCAACGGAGACUCUGGCGGCCCUCUGAACUGCCAGAACGCUAACGGCAUCUGGGAGGUUCACGGUAUCGUCAGCUUUGGCUCCGGGCUCAGCUGCAACUUCCCCAAGAAGCCCACCGUCUUCACUCAAGUCAGCUCCUACGUCGACUGGAUCAGCUCCAAAAUGGUUGCCUAUUAAGAGGACAGGCUUUUGAGAUCAAAGCCAC